ACAGCAGGCAGGAACGGACGGGGCCUGCGCCUAACCGGAGAUCCACCGGAACAACAGGCUUCAGGUCAAACACGAUUAGCGCGCGCGCGCACGUGUGAGCGCUGGACGGAGAGCGAGGUCACUCCUGUGUUUAUGUCAGAGUGGGUGCGAUGAAGAAGCGGACUCACGCUCACAACAAUUAGCGGAUGACAAUAGAUUAACCUGUUUCAUCACCGUCCUCCCCGAACCCGCGUGACCCAUAAACAGCCACCAGGGAGUUCCCUUCGUGCGUAAUGGCGCGUGUUCUGUUUCAAACUCCGCGUUAUCAUUAUUCAUAGCCUGACUCAGGCGCGUGCGCCACAUCGGCGCCAGUCCCCACCGGCUCCGGCGGCGUCGCCCGCUCCUCCGGUUGCGUGGAAACUAAACGGCGGCGCGCGCCUCUCGGAGAGACGCGGAGCGCACGAGCGGAGCGCUCCUCCAGUGGCGCGUCGCGGCUCUCGGCGCAGCGCAACUACACCGAGGCGCAGGAAGGAGGACCCGAUGGAAGCGGACCGCGGCACUGCGCGAGCUGCGCCCCGGACCUGCCGGACGACGGUGGAGCCGCGCACGAGCUCCGAGGCGCCAUGAGAACGAGAGUGGACGCGGCCAAGACGCUGGACUGCUGCUGGGGAGCUUGAUGCGGACCCCCCCCCCCCCGUGGCCACGCCCCCGUCGGUUCUCCGGAGCAUGCCCCCAGGCCACCAUGCGCCUGCCCGCGGACUGGCUCCUGCGCCGCUCGCUGGUCACGUGCCUGCUGCUGCACAGCCUGGUGCUGAUGACCUGCUGCGUCCACCACGCCGCCACCGCGUGCUCCGAGGGCUGCUACUGCUCCGAGAGCGAGGCGGGCGGUAAGACGGUGCGCUGCAGCAACCUGCAGCUGACCGAGGUCCCCCGGGACAUCCCCAACGACACGCGGCGCGUCUACCUGGACUUCAACCUCCUCGCCGCGGUGCCGGCCAACGCCUUUGCGGGCCUGCCCCACCUCAUCGAACUGGACCUGUCCCACAAUGACCUGAGUCUGUUAGAACCCGGCGCUUUUCGGGGCCUGGGCUCCUCGCUGCAGCUUCUGGACCUUUCUUUUAACAAGCUGGCGAACUUCAACCCCGAGGCCUUUGAGGGCCUGCGAGCCCGCGCCAACCUGACCAACAACCCCUGGCACUGUGACUGCAACCUGCAGAUGGCCAUGCCCCGCGUGGACCUGGAGCCCGCAUCGCUGGCAGGCAUCGUGUGCCAGACGUCCGACCCGGAGGAAAUAGGAGUUCAGGGGCUGGCCUUCCUGCUGUCCCCAGACAUCGACCUCUGCGUGGUGAUGAAGAGGACUACAGACGUGGCCAUGCUGGUCGUCAUGUUUGGCUGGUUCACCAUGGUCAUCUCCUACCUGGUCUACUACGUCAGAGCCAAUCAGGAGGACGCCCGCAGGCAUCUGGAGUAUCUCAAGUCGCUGCCCAGCAGACAGGGCAAGUCGGAGGAGUCUUCAACCAUUAGUACUGUGGUUUAGGGCCGAGGGAGCACAGAGAGAGUCGCCCUCAGAUGGUUCUGGUCACCUGUUGUCACCGCGGAAAGGUUGGCAACAAGACAUGUGCCUGCACAAGAAAACCAGGCCAAUGCAACCGAGCCCAAAUAAAUAAUUCAUAUUCCAGCAGCCCAUUAGAAGGUUUGUUGGCCGGCUUGAUGGCGUCGUCUUUGCACUGGGGAAAUAAAAGAAGCGGUGGGUUUUUGGCCAACGCCAAAUAUGGAAUACAAAUGGGAUUCAUUCAGCGGGGCAUUCACCUUCAGACUCUUCUCUUCUCUUAGACUUUUCCGGAUCAGAACUGUGGCUGAAGGCAACACAGUUGUGUACAACUUUUCCUCUACAGUAUUCAUUAGUGUAUAACAGUAAAAAUGUUUUCCAUUUAAA